GGCCUGGCCUGCGGGCGGCUGCCCAGCACGCUCGCCCGGAAGCUCAGCAGCGCCAGCGGACAGAACCCAGAGAAGCGUCCACGCCGCCGCCCACCGACACCCUCGGUCAUGCCGAAGCACGAGUUCUGUGUAGAGAUGACUUGUGAAGGCUGUUCUAACGCUGUCGCUCGGGUCCUCAACAAGCUAGGAGGAGUUGAGUUUGAGAUCGACCUGCCCAACAAGAAGGUUGUCAUCGACUCUGAGCACAGCGUGGACACUCUGCUGGAGACGCUGAAGAAAACAGGGAAGACUGUUAACUACAUCGGCCCCAAAGAGUGAGGGCCUGGGCCCCCAGCCCACAGGAUGGACCAGAGUGGGCAGGAGACAGUGGACUGGCCCCGAGACACUAAGCCAUGCUCCGAGGUCAGCACAUCUGUAUUCGGUCUGUUUUCACCACUUAAUGACGUGACCUUGGGAAAGUCACCGAUUCCUUUGUGCAACUCAGUUUCCUCAUCUGUAAACCGGGAUCAUAACGAUCGCGAUCCCAGGUGACUACCUCGACUGAAGAGCCAUCGCCUGCCUCCAGCUUGAUGGUGGCAUUCCAUGCAUCAAGUUUGAAAACAGAAACGUUCAAAUCUCGAUCCGUUCAACCCUGGCAAACUGAAAAGUAAAAAUGGAACCUCGGGCGUCUAGUGGGAGGUGAGCGGUUGUUGUUCGGGACGUGGCCCUCUGGUGGCAUUCUCCUUUAAUUGGUGCCAGUCUCUUGAAAAGCCCAAGUCUGUAAUUUCUGGGGUGUGUCCCUCCAAGCUGCUUUUAGAAUGCGUUAGGGGCGGUGGCCACAUAGUUUGAGUGGACGUUUCCCAUCUGCUUCCUGCGAGGGGAAGGUCUGCGAAGCUCAUGACCGCCCAGGGCAGCCUUGAAAUAAAACAUCAAAGCCUC